ACUGGAGUAUAUGAUUUUCCCCACAUGCGUACCAUGAUGUGUUUCUCAUAUGAAUUUAUGAAGAAGGUGUUUCACAUCUGAAAGUUGGUGUGUGAAUGGAAUAAAACUCCUAAACUAACAAGAGACACGGAGUGGACAGGUCGAGCGGAUGCGAGGGAACUCUUGGAUUAUUUUGGAUCCGUUGGGAAUAUUAGGCUACUUGCUCUCUGUGAAGAAAAACAUUUGCGAUUGGAUGAAAGAAUGUAUGGAAUAAAUCAGCGCUGUAUUUACAUAUCUUUUCAUUUCUUCGUGUUGUGGUGCCAUGCUCAGGGGGAGAAUCACCCGUCUCCUAAUUUUAACCAGUAUGUGAUGGAGCAGGGCGCAAUGACGGACCAGCUUAGCCGGCGACAGGUCAGGGUUUAUCAACUAUACAGCCGGACCAGCGGGAAGCACGUCCAGAUACAAGGCAAGAGGGUCGCCGCUACUGCUGAGGACGGCAACAAUUACGCACGUCUCUUUGUAGAGACUGACACCUUUGGCAGUCGGGUUCGGAUCAAAGGUGCAGAGAGUGGACGCUACCUCUGUAUGAACCGGAGGGGGAAACUGGUUGGAAAGCCUGAUGGCAGAAGCAGGGAUUGUAUCUUCACAGAGAUUGUUCUGGAGAACAAUUACACUGCCUUCCAGAAUGCCAAAUAUGAGGGUUGGUAUGUGGCUUUCACCAGGAAAGGGAGGCCCAUCAAAGCCUCCAAGACGAGGGAGAACCAGAGAGAGGUCCAUUUCAUCAAGAGGCUACACAAGGGCCCACUACCUUUCCCCAACAUGGACAGAAUCAAACAAUUUGAGUUUAUCAGUUUUCCACCCACCCGUCGAGCGAAACGGAACAGGAAAUCACAGACUGCUGCCUAGUACAGAACAAAUCGGACUAUUAUUGAGGAAAAAUUGUAAUUUUAUUUUUGUAUGUUUUUAAUAUGUGGAAAUACUUAAAAUGCAAAAAAGUCUAAAGUAAUUUAGUUGUAAAAUGAUCCCAUGUAAAUCAUGUAAGAGAGUAAAUGAGAUUUAUGUAUAUAUUUAAUAUGACAGUGUGUAUGUAUGUGUUUUCUUUUGCUUUUUGAUUGGUCCCGUGACAGAGUGGGUAUUGGAUAGGUACAUUAAUAAACAUGUUCAGCUUGGUUAUCACAAAACUUAAGCGUGACAAAUGCAACAUUUGACCUUUA